AUGGCCAACUUUCUCGCCUCCAUCUUCGGUACCGAGCUUGACAAGGUCAACUGCUCCUUCUAUUUCAAGAUCGGCGCCUGCCGCCACGGCGACCGUUGCUCGCGCAAGCACGUCAAGCCCAGCUACUCCCAGACGAUUCUCAUGCCCAACCUCUACCAAAACCCUGCUUAUGACCCAAAGAACCGCAUGAACCCUUCUCAGCUGCAGAAUCACUUUGACGCCUUUUACGAAGAUAUCUGGUGCGAGCUUUGCAAGUACGGCGAGCUCGAGGAGCUGGUCGUCUGCGACAAUAAUAAUGAUCACCUUAUAGGAAACGUAUACGCACGCUUCAAGUACGAGGACUCUGCCCAAAAGGCAUGUGACGACCUCAACUCCCGUUGGUAUGCAGCUCGACCCAUAUACUGCGAGCUAUCGCCCGUUACCGACUUCCGCGAGGCCUGCUGUCGCCUCAAUUCGGGUGAGGGCUGUGUUCGCGGCGGGUUUUGCAAUUUUAUCCACCGCAAAAACCCCUCUGAGGACCUCGACCGCGACCUCACCCUCAGCACCAAGAAGUGGCUCAAGGAGCGCGGCCGUGACGAGAGAUCCCCCUCCCGCUCCCCGACCCCAGAGCCCACGCGGCGCCGUUUCUAG